AUGUCGUUUCUGUUUGCCCUUCUGCGGAUCACCGGGUUUGUCCUCUUCUUUCUCGCGCUGCUGCGUGUGAAGACGACACGUUUCCGGCACCUGCCCUCCCGCCGCACGCGCGUCUCCCGUCAUCAUGGAGAGACAUGCGUUUGGAUGGAGCGCCUUGCCAACGCUGUGCUCGAUCUGUUUUACGCGGCCCUACGGGAGGAGGAAAAGGCGGCGGAUGAGAAGGCGCAGCAGGGGUGGCAGCCGGCUGCUGCAUUUGACGCGGCUGGGGGUCGGCUUCGAGAUCAAGAGAAUAGUUGCUACAGCGAAGGCGGCGGCGGUGUGAAAGGGAUGCCGCGGCGACUGUUGGGUAUUCUUGAAGAACGACUGGAAGCCGCUCUAGAAGACCGCGGCAUCGCAGCAAAUGCAACGUGCACGAUCUACUCCAUAGGUCAUCGGCCGCCCAGCGUGCGUGCCAUCCGUGUGACAAACCUUACAGGCAUGGAAUCCAACACGAAUACUCCGGCUGUCCCCCCCAUGGGCGCCGCUUCUGUUUCUGCAAGCAACCCUUUUCUGGUUGCUGCAAUUUCGGGAACUGCUGGCGGCACCGGUGUCGCGAACACUGCAGGCGUUGCCCCCGGUGGCGUUAAUAAUCCGGUGACCCAAAAAGCGAGGCGUCUUCCCUCGAUGUUGGCGUCGCACGUACCCGGUCCUGACGAUAAAGGGGAACUGUGGGGCGGUGAGUCCUUUGAAGAGACACUGAGUGGAAGCAUGGCGGGGUUUUCAGAGUCCGUAGUGGAGCUAGAGGCAGAAGUAGAAUACGCUGGUGGUGCUGAUGUCUCGCUGCAGGUGGAUAUUUGUUUGGCGCGCGGCAGACUUCUUCCAGUGUCUAUUAGAGUGAAUGAUAUAAAGUACAUCAAAGCCCAUCUUCGCGUUUGUGCAAAGCUGCAGUAUGAACGGGCAACCAUGGAUAGUCGGCGGAAACCGUAUCUCCAGUGCACGCUCUGGCUAGAGUCGGAGCCAACCUUCUUGCUCAAAAUGUCAACCCUCUUUACUCGGUACCAAAUUCGUAACUUCUUUCUUCUGCCUCUGAUAGCUAAAUUCCUGCUGCUGCGCUUCGUGCGGCAUCAAAUGAUGCGACCGAAUGGCGCCGGUGUGACGGUCAACGUUCCCCUACCGGAGGGCAUUGUGGAUGGCGGAACGCAGAUGUGGUCCGCCGCCGCCGCCGCCAAUGAUGUCUCGACGACGGUGAACUCCGUGAAUGGUCGAAGUCCUGCCCGUGGCGUUGCGUGA